AUGAGGUUCUUUAGUCCAAGUACCUACUUGAGACACGCUCCUGACAAAGUGGAAGCAGCCUACAAGGUAUUUCAAAAAGUGGGCGUUGACAAGGUGACGACGAAUCUCUUCGAUAGCAGUGCGUAUCGCAAGUGGUCGAAUUAUCUGGACAAAGCUUUUCCGAACGAGUUCAAAAGAGUGGCACAGCUUAAGGUGGUGGUACUGGUGGAACACGGACAGGACACACUAAUCAACUCAAUUUUAACUGCUCAGGUUGGCAAAGGUGAAUUACCUUUUACCGUUUACUUUGAAGACGCGUUGAUAGAGAUUCUUGCCAACGCCAAGGGUGUUCAAAAAGAAUUUGCUGAUCGUCUUGACGACGCACUGUUCAACUAUAGUAAAUAUUUGCAGAAAUUACACGGUGGCCCAAAGGAUCUUAGAUGGAAAAAAUACAAGAGCAUUGGUGAUCGAAUAGAAGGUAAACUCUUCUUUGAACUGACUACCAGCAACACGAAGAAUCUGGUUGACGAUGAUGUUGCUCAUCCAAUAUUGUCAUCUAAACGGGAGGGUAGAAGAGAGCCCCAUCUCUACUUGAGAGACGCCUAUAAUCCUGAUGAAGCAGCUACCAUACUACUAAUGAAUGCCCACGUUGACAAGGCAAAGGGAGAUCUUUUCACAAGCCAUGAGUUCCAAACUUGGUCAAAAAUUAUUGUGGACGCCUUUCCAGAAGACCUGAGACUAAGGGCUAUCAUCAUGGAUGCCGCACUACAGAAUCUCGACCGCAAAAGACUGGUCGACGCCAUUUCGACUGCUCAGCUUGUCAAUGGCAAAUUACUUUUUGAUGAUUACUUUAUAGACGAGUUGCUGGUUCAUAGCGAAUAUUUUGAAUCAUCGCUGUUUCGACUCAGUGAGAAUUUACAAUCGAGAGGUGGUGACUCAAGGACUAUUGGUGAGCAACUAGGAGGUGGACUCCUUGUUCGACACUUUGGCACUCGGCGACUACUUGACGUCAUUAAUUUACCUAACGUUCAAAAAUGGUACUUUUCUCUGCCUAAAAAGGAGGGAAAAACUGCUGCCAGCUUUUUAUACCAUCGUUUGGAGCGACAAAGGAUCAAAUUUGAUGCCAUUGGUGAUGCGUACCUUAAUGCUGAAGGCGGUGCCGCUAAAAAAAUGAUGAAAGAAGUAGUUGAACAUGUAUUGGAAUUACGAAUGAAGACACUAAUGCUGGAAAAAGCGAUCGUCGCUCGGAGCUCCGAAUUCGACCGUUGGGUAGCAAACGCAGUAUCUUUGAAUGCUGACGUUGCCACGUCUGUGUUGCCCACAUUGCAGAAGUUUUUAUCGAACGAGAAGAUUGUUUUUUAUUGUGCUGAUGCCAGACCUUCUAGUAAGGAGGCAAAAGCCCUUGUAAAAGAAAUACAGAAGGCGAUCAAGCCGUCAAAGACAUAA